UACAGACGCUUGAAAUAUAAACUAUUUUAGUGUUGUAGGUAAGUAAACGUAGUAAUUGUGCUUCCAUUCUGGUAAAUUAAACUAUUUGCACUUUAUAAUUUGAUCAAUUUUGCCUUGGCUGUUCAAGCAACUUCAAAUUUAACCGUGAAAAAGUCCUGUAACGUCAAUAGCAGAAAAAUAGUGAAACGCUACCGUUAGCUGUUUAAACGUCAUGGAGAGCGACAGUCCUCAGAAACAGAUGCCUGCACCUCGUAUCUUCGUGGAGAGAACUUUGGUUUUAAUCAAACCUGAUGCCAUCCACAAAACCGAUGAAAUUGAGGACAUUAUUCUUCAGUCUGGAUUUACAGUUCUUCAGAAAAGAAGGCUUCAGCUGAGUCCAGAGCAAUGCAGUAAUUUCUAUGUUGAGCAUUAUGGGAAGCUGCAUUUUCCCCAUCUGACUGCCUUCAUGAGCUCCGGACCGGUUGUUGCUCUAGCACUGGCCCGACACCAGGCUAUUGCCACCUGGAAAGCCAUAAUGGGGCCAGUCAGCAGCAUCAAGGCUAGAGAGACGCAUCCUGACUGUCUGAGAGCGAGAUUCGGCACUUGUGACCUGCGGAAUGCUGUGCAUGGCAGCGAAUCCUUCACUGCUGCUGAGAGGGAGAUCAGGUUCAUGUUUCCCAACUCUGUGAUUGAACCCAUUCCUAUGAGAGAUGCCGCCAAAGAUUACCUGAGCCAGUAUGUCAGCCCAACACUUCUCACUGGACUGACAGAGCUGAGCAAGAAAAAGCCAUUGGACCCUUUUACAUGGCUUGCAGACUGGUUGAUGAAUAAUAACCCUAAUAAGCCCAAAAUAUCUGAUGGAACAGUAGUAGAGGAGGCAGCAGCGUGACAUUUUUUCUUUUUUUAAGCAAGAAGAAUUUACCAACAAGAAGUUACUGUCUCACUCUAUUUUGGUCUA